GUCACGCUGAGCGAGCUGUUCGCCAGCCCUUUCCUGACCGCUAAGCACACGCUGGCAUUGAGACCCACUUGUGCUGUGAGGUUGCCCUGAGACCCUGCGGGGCAGCCGCUCCUGCUACCCAUUUCCCCUUGCUUUUGUGUACAGAGCAGGCAGGCUGGCUCCUGAGGGCACAGAUGUGGCUGGAAGGUGUAGAGUGCUGCGAUUCAGGGACAGAAUUAGUUCUUGCUGCAGUUCUGAAGCCGGGCGGCACUUGACAGGUACAGAGCUAUGGUUAAAAUUCGGGUAUAACAGUUGGAAAAUCCUGACGAAGCAUUUUUUUUUAAUUCUUGAAAAGUAGCCCAUCUCUUUUCCCCUUGAGAACAGCAGAUAGCACUUAAUCCAGCUUUUCUAGAUAUAGGCCUAGCUUUUCAAACGCUGAGAUGUAGCCCUGGUGGGACCACAUGAAGGAGUAAGGAGUGCCUCUCAUUAAUCAGAAUCAUGGUGGGAAGUGCCUUCACGAUGCAAACAAGUCAACGCAUGGCGACCCCUCCUAGAUUUUCAAGGCAAGACAUGAGCAGAGAGUUACUUUUGCCAUUGCAUGUCUUGUGUGCGAAAAUCCUGGACUUGCUUGGUGGUUUCACAUCCAAGUAGUGCAAACAAGAGCAGACCCCAUUUACCUUCUGAGAUCUGAUGAGAUUGGGCUACCCUGGGCCAUCCAUUAAACAAGGCAUUAAUCAAAUCACUCUACAAUGAGCACCGCAUACAUCUGGGAUUGAGUGGCAGGACUUCCAGAUCCAAGGAUAUGGUCAGAGGCCUGCAUGUGAUCGUUGCAGGGUAGGAAUGUUCUUGAAUGCUGCACAGGCACGAAAUUCAUUUGGAUCAUGUCAAGAAAGAAGAAUUUUCCCUUUUUUUCAUGCACCUGACCGAUUAGGAAAUGAGUUUGUUCCGAUUACCGGGGAUCCUAGCCGUGGUCCUGGAUCUUAUGACUAUGCAGAGAGGAACAACAUCAUAUACCACCUUGCUCACAGACCAGAAAGCAUUAGGGGUUACACCAUGGGAGCAAGAACAACCCCGCGUUUUGCAGUAAUUGACAAGUGUGUGACACCUGGCCCUACAUCAUACCAGACUAUACUGCCCAAAGACCAGAUGAUUCAUCCUAAGUAUGCUGUAUUUUCCAGCAAGUCACCACGAUUUUCACAGAAGGUUCUGGAUACAGAGCUUUUCCCAGGACCUGGAACUUAUGACCCUUACAAAUUGCCACACAGGCAUGUCACCUGGCCAGGGAAAUUUGGGUCACCAGACUGGUCUUUGGUACCAGCACCAGCAAAAAGAACUCUAAAGACUGAGCUGAUUACAGACAAAGCAUUCAGGAAGCAACGGAACCUAUUGGCCUACCUGAGCAUGUAUUACCAUGCAUAAUUCUGCUGAUUGGAGUAUUUUUCCCCUAAGAUUACUACUUUGUCUCGCUGUUGUUAUAUAGAACUGAAACACAUUGUUACACUAAUGUGAUAGUGUUGGGUGAUUUGAUAACCAAACUGUUGUCAUUGUUUAGCUUUGGAUUUAUUUCUUCUAAUGCUUCUUACCUUUCUAAUUCUAGAUUGUCUGGUUCAGAAUUCUCAAGAAAUUUUGCAAGAAAUGUUUGUAAUCAUGUAGAUUUAAAGACAGUUUCAGCUGUAGGGUCUUGGCUAAUUAAUAGUGUUUCUUUUAUAUAUUGCAACCACUGGAACAAUCCAUCUUUUGUUUCUCUUCCACCUGUGCCAUAAACUCAAAAAUACAAAGAUUUUACCUUAGGCUCAUCCAUGCAACAUGUUUCUUGUUCUGUUCUGCAACAUGGCAGGAAGCACACAGGUAUCAUGGAACAUGUUUACAAGCAAUGUCCUUCCUAUUUCAAAGCAGUCCUUUCUGCUAGCUGCCUCUUCCACCACCUUUGUGGCAUUUAAUAUUUCUGUACACUCCACUCUAUAAACAUCUCUAACAAUUUUCUUUGGGUACUGUUGAUAUCUCCAAAUAUUUGGUUUCCACUUCAUGAUUUCACGUGGAAGAUUAGAGCAACAUGCUGGUUGCAUUAUCUAUGUUCCCUAAAUAUGACUUCCCCUAUAUCUCUUGUGAGCUCAUGGAUUCUGAUUAAUUAGUCCCACAACAGAGUAGAAGUAUUUUUUUUCAAUUGACAAAAGAAACCUGCAAACCCAAAUAAGUGCUGGGCCUUUCAAUGCAAACCCCGCAUCUCCAUAUUUUAUUCUAUCCAUUCAAUCCCAUGCUUAUUAUUGUAAUUAAUAGUUUAUUAGUGCUAAUAGCCAUGUGUAAUUAUUUGUCUCAUGAGAAAACUUCAUUGAACUAAUAAAAUUCAGAAAAACGUG